GCGGUUUUGUUCCGCGGUGACUGAGGCGCACCGUCCCCAUGCGCGGAGCGCGGCCUGCGCGGCCGGCGCCCUGCCCCAGCUACGGAGCUCGGUGCUCACCUGCCGCGCGGAUAGUGCCCUGCGCCGUCGUCAGCCUGCUCAUCGCUAAGAGCUCCAGCCGCCGGAACGCCGUGUCCUUGCGCUGUGAUCCCGGAGUCUCCGCACGUCGGCCGGCGCCGCGCAGCCGUACGUCGAGAGCCGGGUGCAUCGCCACAGCGCGCGGAACACCCUCUAGGGUCAGCCGGCGUCUCAGCACCUUAAGGUCCCCGCGCGCCCCGGGCCCAGCACUGCCCUCGUGUCCCGUGUCCCCGACAUCCUAAGGUCCUCGGGGACCCAACAUCUCAAAAAGAACCCUGGGCCCCAGCUCCCUAGAGUCCCCUGGGCCCCAGCUCCCCGAACUCUUGGCGAGUCCCGGGACCCCUCCAAUUAAGCCAGGCCCCAAAGCAUUCUGUUGCGCGCGCUGCUGCACGCCGGGCGGUAAGGCCUGCCCGCUGCGCCUGGGGCGCGCUGCCACUUGUUGAAUCACUUUUCAUGUCGAUUUUGAGACCUGUUGUCGCCAUGCUGAGCCCGUGGGCCCGUGAACCCGCUGUUGUUGAGACUCAGUGAUUGUUAUUUUGUAUUCAGGAAGUUGGACGAGAUAUGAUGGCCCCUUAAGGGAAUCCCAAGAGCAGAUCCUCCCAACGACCUGUGGGAGGUGACUUGGAAGUGUAUUCCGAAGCCACUUUUCUGCGUAGACUGAGGACUGAUCUGGAGCCUGUUGUUCACCCAGAUCCUAUUGUGCUGCAAAUCCUUAUUAAAUUCCACGUCAGGUGGCCUGCCUGUGCAAGUCCCAUCCAGAGGCCUGUGACCCUGCAAGCUGGAGACCUCUGCAGUGUGGUGGCAGUGGAGGCUUCCAUCUCGUGGUGUAAACAGGAUGACAAACCUCAGAGGAAGUUCCUGCCUUGAAAGCCGAGAAGUCCAGGGAUCCUGAAGUCUGUAGAAUGGGAGCAGUGUGGAGAAGUGGUGUAGAAGCGUCUUGGGAGCAGCAGCACAGAGAAGCUGCGGGUUUCAGGGGCAUCAUUCCUAGGAGGCUGCAAGACGAGGCCAGUCACAGUGGGUCCAGAGCUGAGGAACAUGGUGUGUCUGGAGAAAGACUAGUGAGCAAGUCCUUUUCAGGUUCAGACACACACAGUUGCAUGGGCUUUGAACCUGCACCAUGUGAUAUAUCUUGGCCAUGAGGCAAAGCCCUGAAGAGUCUGGAAAUGGGUCAGCAUCUUUAAGUCAGAGCUAUAACCUUGAGUUUGGCUCAGACCUGAUGGCUUGAGCCUGCUGAUGUCCAGUGUUCUGGAAAUCCAGUGCCUAUAGAUGUGGACUGAGGAAGAGGCCGGCCAUGGUCACUCUCAUCACAGAGAAGCUGCAGAACCAGAGUUUGGAUGACCUCACCCGCAGGGCCUGUGAGGCUGGCCCGUAUUCUGCUGAGAAACUGAACAAAAGUGGCCAUUUGUUCCCUUUGGAGAUUGGCGUGGAUAAAAGUCCCUGGAAGGCCUUACGUGGAGGAUGGCCCACUGGAAGCCAGGCAGCCUCAGGCCCCUUCUCAGUGGGCCCACAUGUUGUGUCUCACACCGAAGGUCUCAAGUGGCAGCUGGAAUCCCCAGGGCCCAUGGAUGUGGGCCACUUCCUGGACCUCCAUGAUAGCACAGGGCCACCUGCAGCACCACCAACCAAGCGACACUGCCGGUCCCUGUCGGAACCAGAGGAGCUGGCUCGAUGCCGCUCCCCAUGGCGCCCUGGUAGCUCCAAGGUGUGGACUCCCAUCUCCAAGAGGAGGUGCAACAGUGGUGGGAGUGCCACACUUCAGUGCUGCAGCGGCCUGGGCAACCCUGCCCUGCAGGGCACUCUAGUCCCCGGCCUGCCCAGGAGGCCUGUGUCACCCGCCGGCCCUACCUCACCCCUGACGCCCCGGCCAGCUUCAGCCAGCAGUGGCUUUGUGGAUGGCAGUGAGGGCAGUUCAAGCUCAGGCCCACCCUGGCUUUCUACAGGACCCUGCCCAUUUUCUUCCAGGCGCCGACUGUCCCUCUCACAAGAGCACCUUGUAGAUGCAGGCGCUUGCCUGCCAUCAGCCAGCAGCACCCCCACUUCCACACCUGAGCUAGGCCGGCACCAUGGCCUGCUCCGGUGCCGCUCACAGCCUUGUGUAUUGGAUGGGAGGAGGGUCCGGCGCAAGCGAAGACGGGAGGAGGAUGCCAGGUGGACACGCCCAUCCUUGGACUUUCUGAAAAUGACACGGACUUUAAAAAACUCCAAGAGCCUUUGCUCCCUGGACUGUGAAGAUGAUGAGGAUGACACCCAGGCGAGGACUGUUGUGUCCUCCCCGUGUAACUCCCAGGGCCUCGUGGGCAUCAUCACACCCAGCUCUAGCCCAAGGAUUCCCAGGCCUGGCCCUGCCAGCCCCAGUGUCUGGGCAUCAGAGGAGCCAGAGGCCAGCCCAGGCGAGGGUGGGAGCAGUGGGGACCCCAGUGACUGGGACAGUGGAGGAGAAGAGGGCAUCUUCCCACUGGACCACGGCGACCUGGACUUGGAGCAGAUUGAGAACAACUGACUUGGGCCGAGCAGGAUGACUGUGGUUGCUGUCUGUCACCUUGGUGCCUGACCAGUGGAAAUAACUUGUGUGUUAUUUUGAAAAUUGAGGCGUAAUUUUGAUUCAGUUUUUCCUAAAGAAGUAUUUUACAUUUUUAUGGCUUCUACAGUUUGGGAGAGCUUCUCUAUUUUGAAAUGGGUUUUCAGAGGGCAUUCUAUUAAACAUGAUUCUGCCUAGA